UAGCCGCUUGAUGUGAGUGGUGUUUGUUUUCAUUGCCACUUGUCACGAUAGGGUUUUGCCACGUUUUUUUUUCUUUUUUAUAAAAAAAAAGUAAUUGUUUUGAUUUUGACGGUUAUGUGUUAUGAUGAAAAAGUGUUGUAUUUAUGUAUUUUUCUUUUAUUUUUUUCAUAUUAUUUUCGAAUCUAAAUUUUGUAAUUGGUAUUCUCUCUCAUUUCAACUGUUCAUCUUCUUCCCCGUUUUUCAGUUUGCUUAGACGGUUGUAAUAGUGGGUAGUUUUUUCAUUUUAAAAAAUUUCAAAUCCCAUCCCACUAUCUUAAACUUCCCUCUCAUUUUCCCUCCCAUUUUUAUUAUUUUUGUCUAUAAAUACCUUCAUAGUUCUUCAUAAUGGCCGUUACUCGUUCAUCACCAUCUCCGGCCAAAGUUACAAAACCCAGAAAACAAUCCCAGAAAACCAGACCCAAAUCAAAAAUGGGUAAAAAAAAUCUGAAAGAGAACCCUCCUAGCCCCACUUCCCCUUCUGUUAAGAGAAAAACCAUUGCUGGACCUUCGAAGAACACUCGAGGAAAAAGACCUCGAACUGUUGUUGAAAAUUCAGACUCAGAUUUUGAGUUGGAUUCUGAAUUUCUUAAGUCGCCUGUUUCUGUUAAGGUAUUUUACUAUUUAUCUGUUGUUGUUUUUGGGGUUUUUUGUUUUUUGGUUAAAUUCGAUAUUUGAGGUUCAUAUAUCUGGGUAUUUGUUUGUUUUUGUUUAUGUAUUUGUAAUUGUUUUAUAUAUAUUGUUCGAUUUAUUUUUGUGUUUUUGUUAAUUUUUUAUUUGUUGUUUUGUUGGUGUUGUUAUUUUUUAUUUUAGGGCAAGGGUAAAUCCCCUGUGAAGGUGUUGCCAUCAUCAGGUGUUUCUGAAGAAAUUCCUGUUAAUAGGAUUGUUGAGGUUUGUGAUGUUAUGCAUUCGGUUCUAUGUUUUUUGGUUGUUUUUUUGUUGUUGUUAUUUUCGUAUUGUUUUUUUGGUGUUUUAUCAGUGUUUUCAUUGUUCUGUUUUUUAGGAUUGGGAAUGCAAGUACACUCGAUCUCAAUUUUAUCAUUCUAGAGUAGUAACAUCUGGUUAUUACUCUGUUCUUGGUGACAUUAAGAGAAUUUUAACUGAAAGCCAAUUGGAAAUUUUUUCAAAAUCUGUGUUUGGUUAUUUUCUUCGAAUUCCUGAGUACAUAAUUCAUUACCAAUUGCUGCAUUGUUUGCUGUUGAGGGAGGUUCAGCAGCCUAAUGGGUUGGAGUUUUGGGUUUGUGUCCAAGGGAAAUACCUUAGGUUUAGUAUCGAAGAGUUUGCGUUGGUCACGGGGUUAGAUUGUCAUCUUGAUUCUGAUUUUUAUCAGUUUAAGCAAGAUGAUAAUGAAUUGGUCAAAUCUUGUUUUAAGGGGUACAAAAAAAUUACCAAGGGUGCUAUUCAGACUGCUUUUAUUGCUGACAAUCUUAAGGAUAACGACGAUCUUGCAGUCAAGUUGGCUGUAUUGUAUUUUGUGCAGUGUUAUUUGUUAGGUGGUCCCCCGGGUAAAGUUGUUUCGUCUGAGGAAAUAGAUGUUGUGGAUAGUGGUCGAUAUAAUGAAUUUGGGUGGGGCAAGCAUUGUUUUGAUAUCACUAUGCAUUCUUUGAAGGGUAAGAUAGAUUCUGGUUAUAAGAGGGUAGUUCGUAGUGACGAGGAUGGUGGGUAUUACAGGUUAUUGGGUUUUCCUUUGGCUAUUCAAUUCUGGUUUUUCGAGUGUUGCCCGUAUGUUAUUGGGAAACUAUCCUUGUACUCAAAUGUUGGCAUUCCAAGGAUCUUGAAUUGGCCUAAAUUACCCAAGGACAAGGAGGGUAUGGUGAAAAUGGAUGUCAUGAACACCCUCAUUUUCGAUCGGUCUUUGAAAGAGUUAAAAUUAAGAAACCUCACUCCAACUUCCGUUGAGAGAUUGAGUUUGAGCCUCACUGAUUUUUUCUCUGGUGAGACUACUCCCGAGGCUGUGAAAUUCAAAAUUAAAGGUGGUUCCAAGCCUGCUGGUCAACCUGGCUUGAUGGGUUCUUCUUCAUCAACUGCUCAUGAGAAUGUCUCCCGAGUUGAGUUUGAGGAAUUUAAAAAGUGUUUAUCUGUUGUUGUCAGCCAGCAAGGGAUUCUUAUGAAAUCUGUUGCUGAGAUGAACAAGAAGCUGGACAUUCUUAUUGAGUCAUCCCAAGGUGGUCCCACUCACAAUGGAUCUCAGUCUGAAGAUGCUCUUCGUACUUCAGAAAAUGAGGAUGAUGAAGAUUCCACUUUGGAGGAAGACGAGGAUGAUAAAUUCGACGAUGACAAAGGAGAUGAUCAUCAUGACGAUGAAACUGAUGAUGAUGAUGAUGAUCUGGGUGGAGAUGGUGUUGGUGCUGGUCAGGAUGAGGCUCACACGGGCGAUGUUCGUAACGAUGAGGGUGUUGUUGUCCCAGCGGUUGUUUCGAGGGAUGAUGAUACCGGCAAGGUCGAUGAUGCCAAGAAUUCUGAAACUGUGGAACCUAUUGCAGAGAUCAAACAGCCUGACCAGUCUCAAGGUGGGGAGGAGAACAUUGAUGUUGAUGCAACAAUUGCAUCUGCUGUUAAAGCUGUGGAGAUUUUGGUUUGUGUUUAUGUUUUUUUUUUUAAUAUUUGUAUUUAUUUGGUAUUAUAUUGUUGUUUUUAUGGUGUUUUAAUUGUACUGUUUGAAAUUUAAACAUAAGUCUUUUUAUUUAUCCUUUCUCUUUUUUAGAUUGGUUCAUCAACUCAUGCCCCUGCUCCUGUUGAGACUUCUGAGAAGACUGAUCUUGAAAUGGUUGUUUUUCAAGAGACUCCUAUUUUACGUCCUCAAAAGAGGGAUCGGAAGAAAGGAGCUGUUUUGAAAUCCCCAUUCAUUGAGCUUGCUUCUGGUGCAUCUAAAUCAGGUUCAUCCUCGGUUUCUCCUGAUGAUUCUGUGUAUAAGGUCGUUAAAUAUGUGCGUGGUUUGUGCCCGUUGGACAACAAGAUUGGUGAACCUGUUGAUCCGCAAUUGGAAGCUGAUUUUGUCAAGUGGGUUGAUUCAGGUCUUAGAAAGCAUAAAUCUAAGUAAGUAUUUUUGUAUGUGUUUUCAGUUGUAUAUCUGUUAUUGUUUUCUAUUUUUUUUUUUAUUUUUUCAUUUCUGUUUUGAUAUUUUUUUAAUUUUUUUUUUUUUAGCACAACAACGAAUGUGUAUUGUAAGGGUAAGGACACUAUAUUUCUGCCAUUUCGUUUUGGUGUUGAGGACAUCAGCAACAAGAUGUGGUUUCACAACCUUGCCUACCCUAAUUGUUUCCUUACCAAUUCUGUAAGUUUUUAUUUUAUUAUUAUUAUUAUUUUACAUAUUAUUUUUUUUAUCUAUUUUUUUUAAUGUUUUUAAGUGUUGUUCUGUUAGUUUUUCAUAAGUUUGAAUGUUUUUUCACUUACUUUUUUUUAUCUGUUUGUUCAGCACAUUGACAUCAUUUUCUAUUAUCUUCGUAAGAAAAUA